AGAGCUAAGAGAGGAGGGCUCAGGCUCGGCAAGCGCAGGAGGGCUGGGGCACUAAGGUCCCGGCUGGGUGUUUGGAGGGUUCGAGCAGACAGCUUUUACCUGUCGCAGAGUCCGUUGGCGUCGUGACAUCAGGGGACGCUGAGAGAUCAGCAGACACGCCGCGCGGGGCUUAGCUGGGUGGUCGGCUCCCUUAUGGUGUCCGGAUUCAAAGGAAAACAUGUUGAAAGAGGACGCAAGUAAGAUCGACUUUAAAUCCAGGAAGGUAUUAAAAACUCUGACCAAGAAGCACCCGGGGGAGCUGCUGCUGGUCAUCGGAACGGGGGUGAGCGCGGCGGUUGCCCCGGGAAUCCCGGCAUUGCGUUCGUGGCGCUGUUGUAUAGAAGCCGUGAUCGACGCGGCGGAGCAGCUGGAAGUGCUUCACCCGAGGGACGUGGCGGAGUUCAGACGGAAGGUGCAGACGGAGGGAGACCUGCUGGUGGUCGCUCACGAUCUUAUCAGGAAGAUGUCGCCGCGGACCGGUGACAGCAAGCCCAGCUUUUUCCAAGACUGUCUGAUGGAGGUGUUUGAGAAUUUGGAGGAUCACAUCCAGAACCCCAUGGUCCUGGAAUCUAUCCUCAGUCUCAUGGAGAGAGGAGCCAUGGUCCUCACCACCAACUAUGACGACCUGCUGGAGAUCUACGGGCAGAGGCUGGGGAAGCCCAUGGAGUCCAUCGACCUCAACGAUAAAGUAAAGGUCCUGCAGUGGGCUCGGGGCCACAAUAAAUAUGGGGUUCUCCACAUCCACGGCUUGUACACGGACCCCUGUGGCAUGGUGCUGGAUCCGUUUGGCUAUAAAGACGUCACGCAGGACAUGGAGCUGAUGGAGGUGUUACAGAACUUGUACUGCACCAAAUCCUUCCUGUUCCUCGGCUGCGGAGAAACUCUACGGGACCAGAUCUUCCAAGCGCUCUUCCUAUACACUGUCCAGAACAAAGUGGACCUCGAGCACUACAUGCUGGUCCUCAAGGACAAUGAAGAUCACUUCUUCAAGCUUCAAGCAGACAUGUUGCUCGUCGGCAUCAAGCUGAUGUCUUUUGGGAAUUCCCAUAAUCAUUUUCCAGACUACGUGAAGCGUCUGUCCUCGCAGCUGUGCAACCACAAAGCUUCAGAAGCCGAGCACAUCGUAGACACAUCUGCGCUUCUGUUUGAACAAUCUGAUGAAAAUGGCCCAAAAAGAAAAACAGAAGAAAAUUCCGUCAGCACGAGGAAAAAAGUAAAAAACUGAGUUCCGAUAUAUUGGACGCUUUUGAUGCUGGAUCAAUAAAUCCAAUAUGACUGUGUCUAACCAAAGUGCCGCUCCACAAGGACCUCGGUGAAUGUCCUCAUGAUUAUUAUUUUUUUUGUUAAUGCGUGGAAAUCAGUAAUGCUUAUAUAUAUAUAGGCAAUGUGCGAGUUUCAGAAUCAUGUGGCGACAUGUUCAGGCCGCAGACAGACCGCUGUUCUAAACGCCGGGCCGCCUACCUCAGGAAGGGAACGUUAACGCGUAUGUUUUUAUGUAUUAUGGAUUGUAAGCACUGUGACAUUUUUUUACAGAAGAGGACGUUGAA